AAUGCACAACAGAAAAGUUGCUCAAAUUCCAUUUCCACCAGCAAUGGUAGAAAACAGAUAGUGAACAGAUAGAAUACUGUAAAGUCAGAACAUCUUCUUCACUGCACUCUGCCAACUGUGAACAUUUAACAUUUCAAAGAGUAAUUGCCAAAAAAUUAAUUCACUACUUGAGUUCAAGCCAUCAGGUUUUUUUUUUAAGCCAGUCAAAUUUAGCACUGGAGGGUUGUAUACCAACUUUAGUGACACUACUGUUAAUAAAUUCUGAUAAGCCAUUACCAUCGGACCAGUUCAAACCAUCAGUUCUUACCUGAAUUAUUACAGUAGCUUUCUAACUAAUCUUCCUACUUCGCAGUUCUGCACCCAGCUUCUAGAUGAGUCACCACCAUCCUCAAAAACUUUCUGUAGCUCUCAGUUUCAUACAGAAUUAAGUUCCACUGCAUUAACUUGGCACAAAAAUAUUCAAUAAUAUAUUCUCAUUCUAUGGUUAUUUCUUACGUUUUUAUCUUCAUUUCUUCUAUGCUGUGGCUAAACCGAAUUGCUUUCUUUUCUUUGAACACACUUACCUAUGGCAGAAGAAAACCUUAACUUAUGCUCUUCUCUGUGUAUAGAGCAUCCUUUUUUGACUUGCAGCUCCUGCAGUUGUUAAUUUGCAUUAACCCUUCACUGUCUUUUUUCUUUCUCCCUAUGAUCAUGCACUCUUUCAAAACAGGUAUCCAGAAUUUUGAAUUGCUAUGGCCAUCAAAUGGAAGUAGCCAUAGUGGCUUACAAUGUCUCCUUAUGCCCAAUCUCUAGAAUGGGUUACAUCUGAUUUCACAGUUAAUAGAGUAAUGGGUCCAUGGUUGACUACUUGGCAGUAGUACAUCUUUCUGGAAAGGUAAGAAUGACUAGAUGACCUAGAGAAAAUUAGGAUUGCAAGAUAGAUGAGACAGCCUCCUUGUCUAAUAUUUAUUUUUCCUAAUGGACUUGACCUUUUCCCUUGACUUUUUUCCUAUUCUUGAUCUUUUCAAGGCCGACUCCUUGAAUGGCUUUAUUCAAAUCAGCUUAAAAGUCACCUAAAAGUGGUCUUCUCUGACCACUUGACCUAAAAUAACCACCCAAUGACUCCCUAUUUCAUCAAAUGAUGGAAAAAUGAAUGCUUUAUUUUCUUCAUCUCAAUCCCUUUUUAGAAGUAAUUUGCUUCUUUACCUGUUUAUCGUUUUUCUCCUACUAGAAUUUAAGCACCAAGAGGGUAGAAAUUUUGUCAUAUUUAGUACAGUUUCCCUGGCAACUAGAAUCAAAGUUAGAAUUCUCAGAAACUAUGAGGGUUCACUAUCCGUUUGCUAGAAGAUAUACAAGACUUUUGUGGAUAAUACUUAAAGCAAGAUAGGCCAAAUGGUCCCAAAUGUGGUAUCUUUUCACAAUAAUGUAUUUUAUCUGAAUUCUUGGAAUUACUCAUGGUGUUUUUCAAAAUCAAAGAUCUGUGAACCCUGAAGCAGAUAUGAAUAUUAGCCAAAUUAUUUCCUACUUGGGCUACCCUGAUGAAGAAUAUGAUAUUGUAACUGAAGAUGGUUAUAUCCUUGGCCUUUAUAGAAUUCCUUAUGGGAAGACAAACAAUAAUAAAAAUCUAGGUUUCAUAACAUUUUCUACUAUACUGAAGAUAGCUGAAAGAAUCAAAAUAUUUUUUGCCUUAGCACCAGUUUUUUGCACAAAGUACUUAAAAAGUCCUUUAAUUAGAAUGACAUACAAAUGGAAGUCAAUAGUGAAGAUGUUUUCUGGCAACAAUGAGUUCUUAUCUAAAACCUCAUUUAAAAAAUCUGUUGGUUCAAAGCUGUGUCCACUACAGAGUUUUGAUAAGAUUUGCCUCAAUAUCUUGUUUAUGAUGUUUGGAUAUGACCCAAAAUACUUAAAUAUGAGUCGUUUGGAUGUAUAUUUUUCACACAACCCAGCAGGAAUAUCUGUUCAAAAUAUGCACCAUUGGAGUCAGCUUUUAAAUUCUACUCAUUUGAAAGCUUAUGACUGGGGCAGUCCUGAUCUGAACUUGGUUCAUCAUAAUCGGACAACAUCUCCAUUAUACAAUGUGACAAACAUGAAUGUGGCAACCGCAAUUUGGAAUGGUAAAAGGGACUUAUUGGCAGACCCCGAAGACGUUAAAAUUCUACAUUCUGAAAUCACAAACCGCAUUUAUUAUAAAACUAUUUCUUACUACAAUCAUAUAGACUUUUUGUUUGGAUUAGAUGUCUAUGAUCAAGUUUACCAUGAAAUCAUUGAUAUUAUCCAAGACAAUCUAUAAAGAACCAUGGCACUGUGUGUUUAAAGAUCUAUAUCAUUCCUACUAAAAUCCAGUUCUUACAUUUUUAACUGUGUAUGUUCUUUCAUUUUUAAAACUAAAGUAUGUAGUUUUUCCCUGUAUAUUCUCAUUGACUUUAGGCCAUCCAGUUAUUAAAUCAGUGUCAUUUAUCAUCUCAGAGGAAAUGUCAGAUUAUAAAUCAGUCUAAGAAGGCUGUUGAGUUUCAAAAUAGAAUUUAGAUAACUUAUAUCAAAAACAAUAAUGUUUAACAAUUUGAAUUGCAGGAGAUAACAUUUUAAGAAAGUUUUUUUCCAAAGUACGAGGGCUUACAAAUUUUAUAAAAAAUAGAGUUUCGAGUAAUACUUGAUAAUAUGAAAGCUAAUGUUCCUCUAUCCUAAAUAAAGAGUAAAAAUGCGGCCGGGCGCGGUGGCUCAAGGCUGUAAUCCCAGCACUUUGGGAGGCCGAGGCAGGUGGAUCACGAGGUCAAAAGAUCGAGACCAUCCUGUUCAACAUGGUGAAACACUGUCUCUACUAAAAAUACAAAAAAAUUAGCUGGACAUGGUGGCGCGUGCCUGUAAUCCCAGCUACUCAGGAAGCUGAGGCAGGAGAAUUGCCUGAACUCAGGAGGCGGAGGUUGCAGUGAGCUGAGAUCACGCCAUUGCACUCCAACCAGGGUAACAAGAGUGAAACUCCGUCUCAAAAAACAAAAAAAAAAAUGCUUUUCAAGUUUUAGAAAGAAAAGAAAAAGAAAGAGAGCCUGGAUGCCAAUGUGAUAUUGCUGCCUUAUGACCAUUUCAUGCAAAGUCCAAGACGUAGGGGCUGUGCUUCACUUCCUGGAGUGUAUAGCUUGAGAAGCCGGAAGUUGCCUUUCCAGCCUAUUGUGUGUUAAGAGCAGCAAUGGUUGAGUUAUAUUCCUAGGUAACUAGAUCUGAGGAUAGAUGCAUAAAAUAUUAUGCACUGUAGCUUACUGCAUAUAAGAUCCAAUAAUUUCUUAUACAUGAGACAUGUAGAUAUAUUCAAGAGUGUACUAGAAGAUGUAAAAAGGAUUAAGAUUUGAAAUGAAAGGAUACUGUCAAUAAAUGCAACACAUAUAAUAGGAAGCACAGACUGUGGCAAGACAAUGGGAAUAAUCAGGAGAUGUACACAAAAUUGUAUGCAGAAUUCCUGUUUCCAGUUCCUCACAUGAGAAAAUUGGAAGUUACCACCCAGUCCAAACAACAAACAAAAAGUUCAGUAGACUGAAAAAUCAAUAAUUCCUCUUGUCAGUCUUUUUGACACUUACACACUUUUGUAAGUUUUACCUUCAGGAGUUUGCUCAGGUUCUCACAGUAAAUAUUAGAGAAAAAUUCUCUCAUGCUCUAGCAGAGAGAGAAGAAUAGAAACUAUUUUGAAAUAGGUGACAACACUGCUCUUAACAAGGCCUGUCCUCAGAAGAAACUAGUUAACCAGAGCCUAACCUGCAGGGUUUAUCAAAGCCUAAUGAACCUGAAGGAAAGAUCAUACCAAACUCCUGCCUACUCUAGCUAUCUCAUCAAAGUGGAACUGAGAAGCAUUUCUGAAGUUCACAGUCCAGAGGCACAGGCUCACUAAAAGACUGAGACUUAAUAAUGGGACUAUAGAAUGCUUUCCCUCCCUCACAUCUCACCACCUACUCUGGUGGAGGAUAGUGUUAAUGAGGGAGGCUAUGCAUGUGCGGGGGCAGGAAAUACAUGGGAAAUCUUUGCACCUUCCUUGCAAUUUUGCUGCAAACCUCAAA